GGCCUGAAUGUGAAUUUGUGAGCAGACAUUUGGACCAGAAGCCGAUAACAACGUGUCUUUUUUCUUCUUUCUUUUUUCUUUUUCAAACAGAACCUCUCAACCACCACUGACCACUGAGCUGUCUAGGCGGUAUGUCGUUUCUCACUGACGGCCGUAGAUCGGUAAUCGCUCGUGACAAUCCCUCAGCUGGACCAGGGGUGAAAGCUCAGCGGGACUGGGUGGGGAUUCGAGCAGAAGCAAGCAGGAUCAAGGAACCCAGGCUAAUUGAGGGUCGUCGUCGUCAGGCCAAGGUACCGGCCGGUACAGUAGGCAAUCCAGGUAUGUAGACGUAAGGAAUGUAGGGCUAAGAGGGGAGUCGAUUUGAGGCCGGCAUGCAUGCAAGCAACCUCGAGGGAGGGCAAGGCGGUGUUUCACGCGCGACUUGGAGGUGUGCUGGAUACAAUUCCGUUUUGGUGACUUCUGCCGAGACCGACUGGCCGGUCCAGGUCGGGGUUGAUUAAGUUGGAAACGUGGAGUUGGGUUUUGGCAAAAGUUACGC